AUGGCCGCGCCGCCGCUCGGAGCCCCCCUGACCUUCAUCAUCAUCCUCAUCCUCAUCAUCAGCGUCCUCCCGGAGCCCGGUACCCCCGAGCGACCCCGAACCGAUGAGAAGAACGAGGAGAUGACGACGAAAGUUUACCUGAACCUGAGCUGGCGCGACCCCCGGCUGGUGUGGGACCCCCGGGCGCACGGGGGGGCGGCGGCGCUGCGGCUGCCGGCCCAGCACAUCUGGCUGCCAGAUGUGGGGCUGGACAACAAGUGCGGGAUUUUUGGGGUUUUUCGGGCGCUUUGGGCUCUGGUGUCGCAUUUCCCCUUCGACUGGCAGAACUGCUCGCUGAAUUUCCGCUCGGGCUCCUACGGCCCCGCCGAGCUGCGGCUGCGGCCGGGGGGAGCGGCCGGGCAAUGGGGGGCGCAGGUGGCGCUGCCCCCCGACUUCCAGGAGAACGGCCAGUGGACGCUCGUUCACCGCUCGGGGGGCACCUGGGGCCCCCCGGGCUCACCUGUGGGCGUCUCCUUCCACCUGGUGCUGCGCCGCAAGCCGCUCUUCUACCUGGCCACCGUGCUGGUGCCGUGCGUGCUGAUCACGCUGCUGGCCGUGGGCGUGUUCCACCUGCCCCCCGACGCAGGUGAGAAGAUGUCGCUGUCCCUGUUCGCGCUGCUCACCCUGACCGUGUUCCUGCUGCUCUUGGCCGACAAGGUCCCGGCCACGUCGCUCCAGGUGCCGCUGAUCGGCCGCUACCUGACGGGGACGCUGGUGCUGCUCACCUUGGUGGUGGCGCUGAGCGUGGGCGUGCUCAACCUGCACCACCGCUCGCCUGGCACGCAUGGGCUGCCCACCUGGGCACGGCAGGUGAGGGGCACCUGGGGAAACCAAAACCGCAAAAAUCCCGGGGAAAAAACUCCAAAAAAUGGGAAAAAUCCAGCCCAAAACUCACCUGGCGCCUCCGACGCCUAUUUCCUGCGCCGCCCCUCCCCCCCCGGCCCCUCCCCCCUCGGCGCGGCCCCGAAAUCGGCGGAAUUCGCCCCAAAAUUGGCGCCGGAGCUGCGCGAGGCCGCGGCCGCCGCUGCCGCCAUCGCGGGGAACCUGCGGGAGAGGGAGAGGAGGAGACAGGCGCAGGACGAGUGGCGGCUGCUGGCCAUGGCCGUGGACAGGCUCUGCCUGUGGGCGCUGCUGGCGCUCACCGGGGGCUGCGCGCUGGGCACGGGGCUGGACGCGGCGCUGCACCGGCCCCCCGACACGCCCUUCCCGUGACCCAAAAUCCCCCAAAAGAACCCCAAAAAUGUCCCCAAAAUAUCCCAAAAAUAUCCCAAAAAU